AUGAACAUUGCAACCACGUCUAGAAUAAUGAAGUUAUUAGUGCUUUUACUAGUCUCUUUAUCCCUGAUUAAUUGCAUCGGAACAGUGCCGGCAGAUGAGGUGGAGUAUUAUAACUUCUCAGACAAAUCAUCAAAUAGGUCAGCAAAAUCAACCAUGACAUCAAAGUCAUCCGGAUUAGGUACGAACAGUCCACAAAAUGCGUAUAAUAACACAACUUCUGAAUUAACAGCACCAAAGGAAUCAGACCAGACAACACACUCAAGAUCAUCCGAUGAAUUAACGCUUGAGAAUGAAAAGGCGCGCCUUGUCAACCAUCUUAUAAACUCUAGUGCUACAAACAUGAGUCAAUCCGAGAAAGCAGCCGAAAAUAACAUACAUUCUAUAAGCUAUGGAGUUACCACACUGAUCGCGAUUAUUAUAAUGGGAGCAGUCAAUUGCUUUGCUUUCCGGUACGGGCCAGAAAGGAUAAUGAUUUAUGGUUUACCCCUACUUGCUCUUGGUAUUGGGUUUCUUAUUUGCAGCUUCCUCGUCAAUAGUAGCAUGUUCCCUUUCAACUUCACAGUCCGGCAGGUCUUAAGAAUAUUUACCGCCACCAUUGCCAUACUAGCUGCUUUAGGAUUACUAAUAAGCACAUGGUUCUUCAACAAUAGUGGAUACAUUAACACAAAAGAUAUCGAAGCAACCCAAGUAAUUAUCAUCGCGCUCUUAGCUAUAGUUCUAGUAGCUACAGCCAUUGCUACUAUCGCCAAGCUAAUCGAUAAAACUCAAAAGCAAACAGUCAGUCCACGAAAGGUCUACUAUGUCUUAUACAUGUUGUCCUUCUGGCUAGCCACACUCAUUCCUAUUUUCACUCUACCAGGCCUAGCCUUAGAUGCGAGUAUCCUUGCCAAGAGUCAUGUUCUCUUAUUUUCCGCCAUUACUUUCAUUAUUGCCGCCAUUCUUGAUAUCUUUAAAGUUUCUUCUGAUCCAAGCAGACCAGAUUAUACCUCCAGUCAGCUCAAAACCAAGUGCAUUAAGAUCGCACUCCUAUUCUUAAUCACAGCUAUGCCUUUUACUAUGGCAUGCAUUUGCAUAUCACAGUAUAAACUACUUGCCUAUAACCCAAGUGGCAUCAUCGGGUACAAUCCAGACGGAGCAAUUCUUUACCCACUACUGGUCAAGACAAGGCAAUUCCUUAAUCUAUAA